AUGACAGAAGAUGAAAAGAAAAAAAUCAUAUUACAGUGGCGAGAAAAAGACCUUCAAAAAUGUUUAUACGAGAAAGACUUCAUGUCUUUAGCGAAAAGCAAAAUAGAAAGUUGGAAAAAUGAGCUUGUAAAUGUUGCAGUUUUAGGACGCACCGGAGUCGGAAAAUCGCGAUUUAUAAAUGCAAUUAGAGACUGUCAGUCAGAGAAGGAAUCAGAUUAUGCACCAACAGGAUCAACUGAAACAACUUCUACACCUAAAGCAUAUCCUCAUCCGAGGAAUAAGCUCCUUCAAUUAUGGGACUUACCUGGAAUUGGAACUAAAAAUUUUCCUCGGAAAGACUAUAUUAGACAUGAAAAGAUAAGAUUUUAUUCCUACGAUAUCUACAUUAUUAUGGCGUCGGAUAGAUUUACAGAGGACGAAGUUUUCUUUGCCGAGAAACUCGAUGAAUCCGGAAAAGUAUUCAUAUUUGUACGUUCAAGAGUUGAUAUAAAUUUAGAUGGCGUCGAUGAUAUGGAAGCCGAAGUAAAUAAGAUAAGGAAGGAUUGUGAGGAGAUAGUUAAGACGUCGACGGUAAAAUCAAAAGAUGUGUACUUGAUAUCAAGCAAAUUGGUUGACCACCGAUAUCUUGACUUCCCGAAGUUAAUAGAACGGCUUGUCGAAAAGUCAUCUGGAUUGAAGAAAGAAGCAGUGAUGUAUUCAUUACAAUACAAUACCAAGAAAAUGAUAAAUGGUAAGGCAGGUGCGUUGGAAUCAAGAUUAGUAUGGACAGGUUUAAAGGCUGCGUUUGGUGCUGCAAUACUUGUGCCCGACCUUUCUCUUACAGUGGACUAUCGUUCGAUCUCCAGUGAGAUGGAGUUCUAUCGAAAGACAUUAGGCAUUACCGACAGUGACCUACAGGACUUGGCAAAAAUAACAGGGAAAACUGUUGAUGUUCUGAAGCAUGAAUACAAACUUCAAACGUUUGAUAUUUUCAAAAUAACGACGAAGGACGUUACCGAACUAGGUAUGCAAUUUGCACCUUACUUGAAACAUAUUUCUAUGUCAGAGGCGUUGGAGUCGACGGUUAAAUCCCUACCCGUGAUCAGCUCUGCGCUAGGCUUUGGAAUAUCUUUUGCAACAGCAUACUGCUUUUUAAGAUCAAAUCUACAUCUCAUGUUGGAGGACGCUAGAACAAUGUUUGACAUUCUUCUGAAGGAAACAGGCAGUGAAAUAUUGUAUAUCAAUUAG